UGAGUCUGCAGCCGGCGUAGUCAGCCCGGUCGCCCGCCCUGCCCCCUCCGUUGCGCCGCCGGGCCGGAGGUGGAGACGCCGCCGCCGCCGCUGCCCGCCGCCGCCGCCGCCGCCGUGCUGCUACUGCUACUGCCUGUCCGGGCCAGGCGGGGGCGGUUGCAUGAGGUUGAUGCUGCUGUGCUGCACUUGGAGGGACGAGCCCAUGGGAGAGGACGAAGGAAGCGACCUGCCAAUAUGUGCCAGUUGCAGCCACAGCAUCUACGAUGGUCAGUACUUGCAAGCCCUGAAUGCCGAUUGGCAUGCCAGCUGUUUCAGGUGCUGCGAAUGUGGGGCUUGCUUCCAUCAGUACUACGAGAAGGAUGGUCGUCUUUUACUGACAAAAAGGAUUUACUGGGACCACUUGGGGGAAUGUGGCCAUGGCUGCUCUGAGCAAGUAUGUAUUGGGAGAGAGACAAGAACUCAUGUCUAUCUCUUCUUGUUCCAGGUGGCUGGGGAACAAAAAUAUCACCCUGAAUGCUUCAGCUGCCUGAACUGCCAGGUGUUCAUUGGCGAUGGAGAUACUUAUGCACUGGUGGAGCGAUCCAAGCUUUACUGUGGGCACUGUUAUUACCAGAUGGUGGUGACACCUGUGAUGGAUCAGCUGCUUCCAGAAUCUCCUGGCACCCGGAUUCCACACACUGUCACCCUGGUGUCUAUUCCAGCAUGUUCCGAAAGCAAGCGGGGGUUUUCCGUCUCCAUUGACAAGCAUGGAGGUUCUGAGCACCCACAUACUGUGCGCGUUUGUGAAUUAGACCCAGACUGCAUAAGCCCCGAUAUGAAGAAUUCCAUCCAUGUUGGUGACCGCAUUCUGGAAAUUAAUGGCACACCAAUCCGUCAUGUCCCACUGGAUGAGAUUGAUCUUCUGAUCCAAGAGACCAGUCGCCUGCUGCAGCUGACCAUUGAACACGACCCUCAUGAGAUAAUCGAAAGCAGCCCUCUUUCAGAGCUGCACAGUCCCCUCCAUUCGCCCAGCCACACACCUUGCCCAGACCCUUCAGCCAUUCGACAACGCUCUGUCAUGAGGAGCUGUAGCAUUGAUAAAUCACCUUGUUCCAGCUCUCUGGGCUCCCCCUCCUCCCAGAGGAAAGAUAUUGGUCGCUCAGAAUCACUGCGCGUUGUCUCCCGUCUUCAUCGCAUCUUCCGCCCCUCGGAUCUCAUUCAUGGCGAGGUGUUGGGCAAGGGCUGCUUUGGGCAGGCCAUUAAGGUGACACACCGGGAGACUGGAGAAGUGAUGGUCAUGAAGGAACUUAUCCGUUUUGAUGAGGAGACUCAAAGGACGUUUCUUAAAGAGGUGAAGGUAAUGCGCUGCCUGGAACAUCCCAAUGUGCUGAGGUUCAUUGGAGUCCUCUACAAAGACAAGAGGCUGAAUUUCAUCACAGAGUACAUCAAGGGAGGCACACUUCGUGGGCUCAUUAAAAGCAUGGAUAGUCAGUAUCCUUGGAGCCAGCGGGUCAGUUUUGCAAAAGAUAUCGCUUCAGGGAUGGCUUAUCUCCAUUCUAUGAAUAUCAUUCACAGGGACCUCAAUACACACAACUGCCUUGUGCGAGAAAACAAAAGUGUGGUGGUGGCUGAUUUUGGCCUUGCUCGGCUGAUGGUGGACGAGAAGAACCAGCUAGCAAACCUGAAGAAGCCUGACCGAAGGAAACGGUACACCGUGGUGGGCAAUCCUUACUGGAUGGCUCCUGAGAUGAUCAAUGGGAGAAGUUAUGAUGAAAAAGUGGAUGUCUUCUCUUUCGGCAUCAUCCUUUGUGAGAUCAUUGGAAGAGUUAGCGCUGACCCUGACUACCUGCCUCGAGCCUUGGAUUUUGGCCUCAAUGUGCGAGGCUUCCUGGACCGCUACUGCCCUCCCAGUUGUCCUCCCAGCUUCUUUCCUAUUGCUGUUUGUUGCUGUGAUUUAGAUCCUGAGAAACGGCCUUCCUUCAGUCGGUUGGAGCAGUGGCUAGAAGCUCUCCGCAUGCAUCUGGCUAUGCAACUUCCCCUGAGUCCACAGCUGGAGCAAUUGGACCGGGUCUUCUGGGAGACACACCGGCGAGCUGAUGGUGGACUGUGUGCACAUGCUGAAGUGUCUGAAUGAGUACAGCAGGGGCAGGCAAGCAGCCCCAAGCCUGCAUGUCUCUGUAUGAGCUGGGCUGAAGAAAAGCUUCCCCUGCUGAGUCCUGCCACCAGCUGCACCCAGCUCACCAGCUAGAGCUGGUUUUUGAAAAACCACUGGGAGCUGGUUCUCCCUGCUUCCUUCCUUGGGGGAUGAGUUCUGUGCCUGGCUUGCACAGAGAUGGUCUGGGCAGCCCGGGUUCUUGUAAAUACUCCUUGUGAAUAUGUCCUUCUCCUCAUGUGCAUCCCGCAAAGUGGAGGGGAAGUGAGGGAUCCUUGACUUUCUCCUUUUACACUUUGUGGUUGCGAAAAGCUUUGCACGCCCCGCUGAGCACAUAAGCUUCUGUCAUCAGCUGGCAGUUGCUCACAAGCUGGCAUUAGGAUGGGGGCUGCUAUCCUGUCCCCCAAUACACCUCUAUAGAUCCUCUCUAAAACCUUUGUCCUAUAAAGUGGUGCCUUGGGUUUAUGUGGACUUGCAUACUUGGAUGCUCAAGCCCCACUUUGUUGUUCUGCGAAGAGGCCAUGGGAGUCUAUGCGUGUGCUUAGCAUGUGCUUAGCCUUUCCUUGGAAGUUGCGAGACUGAGAGAUCUGUGCAGAUGUUUGGUCUGCGUGCUCCCUGGAGCCCGUGUCUGAUGACAUUCACACAACAUGUUUUGCCCAGUCAGUUGAAGAUUUAGUGGUUGUAUUUGCACAACAUACUGAGCUUAUUGUCACUCUUAACCUUGGUUAGUAUUUUAUCUUUUAUAUAGCUUAGCAUGUUAUGCAAACCCAGCCUAUUUGAUUCAUUUGAAGUUGAUAUAUUGUGCAAACCCACACACACACACACAAAAAGCUCAAUUUGAUAACCAGGUGAAAUGUGUUAUGUGAAUGUAGCUCUGUCAGUACCCACAUGUGUGCCAUGUGCAUGUUUCACUGUGUGCACACCUUAGCUCCUUCCUCCCUUUCUUUCUUCCAUCCUUCCUUCCUUCCGUUACGACCAUGUUUGGCAGAAGUACAUAAAGGCCAAGGGUGCUUUUUUGGGGUGAAAAAGCAGGCAGUUUGCCCCAGAGAGAAGCUAUAAGGUAGAGCUGUAACUAUCUCCUCUUAACCCUUCUCUGCUCCAAAUUACCACCCCUUUAAACUGCUUGCCCACUCUGGAGAUCCAAAUAUGUGUUAAGAUUUUUGUAAUAAGAUACAAUGUAUGUGUGCACAUGCAAACACCCACGUGCUGUUAGGCCCUCAAAAAAGCAGUCUGUAUUUCUAGAAGGAGAGAAAGAGGAGGAAACAUCUAAGUCACCCUUUUAAAGGGAGAUCUUUGUGCAUAGCUUGAAAAUCCAGCCAACUCUUUCCAGGUUCAGGAUACGAUGUGCAUUCACCCCAGCCUUCCUCAGACUGCUGCCCUGCAGAUUUAAUUUCACUACAAUUCCCAGUACUCCUUAGGCAACAUGGCCUUCAGAACUGUACAACUCCCAGAAUUCUUAGCCAGUGGUCUGGAGGCCAUGUGAACAAAAGAAUUCUGGGAAUUGUAGUUCCAACCCAUCUGGAAAGUUUUAGAUUGGAGAAGGAUGAGCUCAUCUAUGCACCAGGUCAGCAAUAAGAAUAAGCAUUAUUGAACCCUUAUCAGGAAAUGGGCAACAGGUGUUUUCCACCUGGGUGAUCAGCAUAGUAAAAAGGAGCCUUCAGAGGGAAACCAGCUGAAUUCAUUUUAUCCAAGGAUCCUCCCAACCUAGAGACAUAUUUUUGACUUACCCUUGUGGGUAAGUCAUGGCUACAUGACUAAAUGACCUCUUGUGCCAAAAAAACCUUCCCCUGCGUAUUAAAACUUUGUAUGUCAUAGGCAAGAGAACAGAUCCUGCUUUUUCCUUACCUCACAAGCUUUUUGUGGGCAUGAAGCAGCCACUCAGAUCUGUUACUUGGAAAAAGGCACAUUCCUGUAUCAUUCAGUGCAACACGAGGAGACUGGCUUAAUAGUCUUUAGAAGGAAAAAAUAUGGAGCUUCUUCAGUUCCUCUGACUGCAUUUGUAAGAGCCUGAACCAUGAAAAACUUCCUGGGUUUUGAAUACUAACAGUAUCAGUGGCCAUUGGAAAAAAAUAGACCAUUUUCUCUCCUCCUGGCAUUCUAGCACCCAGGACAAACAUUGGUCAUGUAACCAAAGUAAAAGAGGGUCAGGCAGGAAGACUUGAAGGAGUUUAGCCAUGCCAGCUAGGAAAUCCCUGGGGACAACCUACCUCUAAUUGUUAGUGCUGGUAAGAAGAUUCAGGACUAAACAUCAGUUUCUGGGUUUCUGGUUAUCUGGUUAGCUGCUGAGGGAGACAACAUGGAUCUUCUUAUACUUUUACCAGUGGACUCCUGUUCUUUUCAAGGGAACACCAGCAUCUUUUUUAUUUUAAUUGAAGGCCAUGUUAUAGUUAUAGCUGGGUUUUUUUAGAAGGAGGAAAAUAUGGAGAAAGAAAACAAUUCUUUCCAAUCUCAAAAGACUGGUGAUCCAGCUUUGUUAAGUCCUAUGUGCCAAACUUACAUACAGACAUCUUGGCUAAAAAAAAAGGGGGGGGUAAAUUUCCUGGAUGUUCUUGUUUAGAAAUAGGGAAACUAACAAUGGUCUGAAGUUCUGCAAAUUCAGAAGGUUAUAGUAGGAAGCAGUUCUCCUCAAUCUAUAGUGCAUGUGUAACUAUGCACCUUCUAAGUCCUGAAAUAUGUGGAAUUGGAAGCAGUUGUUACAGUAGGAUGGAGUGCCUCUGGAUUAUUAUAUGAAUCACAUAUAUGGACUAAAUCUAAAAUGAAUUUGGAAAAACAGGUCCACGUAGCUCCAUAUUUCUUCUCUUCGUGCUUCCCUGCCGCAAACUGAAAGUAUGUAUAACUUCACUGUAUGAUUUUAAAAAUUUGGGGAAACAGCACAAAGCUCAGAUCUGUGGUGGUGAAAUUUUAAAUCUUUCUGGCUUUUAUCAAUAGUCUGCCCUGUAUCUAAGUUCAUUCUUUAAAGAGUCAAGACUAAAUGAAAACUUCCUUUUUAAGGGUAGUAUAUCUCACUUCUGUGUACUAGAUUUGGAGAAAAACAUUUUUUAUAUUUUGAUUUUGCAUAUCUUUGAAGCUUCUGGACUGAUUCAUCAACAUUUUAUGAACAUCUGUUAGAAAAGGCUAAUGUUCAUAUUUUUGUGAAAAUGCAUUUCAUGUUUGAUGCAAAAGAUGACAGACCUUGUGUAUUUUAUGAAUGAUCUUCAGAGGGAAAUGUAGGCAAAAUAUCUCUGCUCCAUUGGCACUUUUAUGUACAACUACAGAAAUUGUUUUUCUUGAAGAAUUUUGACAGCCAUUUGAAACUGUGCCCCAGAGUGUGGGUGUUGCAUUUCUACUUCUGUGGGGACCAUGGCACUCCUGAGUCUGAUGUGGUCUCUCCCAACUAUGGCUUUGGUUAAGAGACACUUUUCUCAUGCAGAAGACCUGGUGGUUCUACCAAGAAGCAAGUGAGGCUGGAGGUCUGCACUAGAGGGUGAAAGAGGAAUCCGUUUCCCCCAGGCCCAAGAGGGAGAAGAGGAUCCCUUUGUUAUCUGAUGGGCAUGUCUAAAAGCCAUUUAGAAGUUUUGACUUCUGAAUUCAUGCCUGCAAUCUUGGUUUUAGACCUUGUUUGACACUAUCCUGUCAUAGACAGUGAACUCGCUCGUUUCCUAUCCUGCUCCCCUUUUUAAGGAGUCUGAUUUCCAUCCUCCAUGUGUUUCCCAUUCUGUUCCCCUAAUUCUUUUAAACUCUUCAGGUGCUGCAGGUUGCAGCCAGCAUGUGAGCAGUUUUCCCUAGACAGGCAGCUCUCCCUGUCACUCCUGCACUCAGGAUCAUUGCUCUAUAACAUAGCUCAAGAAAAGAGUUUGUAUUAUUUCUUCACUGUCAACUUUGGUGAUUUGGGGAGUUUAUCAUAUUAUCAGUCUGCCUCAGAUGUCUUUAGGAGAAGUGUAAGGGAAGGAACAUGAAUUAGACAAAGACUGUGAAACAUUUAUACGCACUUUGACCUGAAAAUAAAAUGUGAUGCCCUCUCUGAUGACAAUGAUCAGAAUUCACAAACCGUGAUGUAAAAUUAAUUUACAUGGAAAUAAUAAAAGUCUUUCCACUCCCUU